AUGGGUCCCUGUACGGCCUCCCAUUGCUGCUGACCUUCAUCGCCAGACUCUGCCAUGUGCCACUUUCAGGUCUCCUCACACUGCUGGAGGGUUCCAUUUUGUCAUAGGGUGCUGUAUGGCCUCCCAUUGCUGCUGCCUCCACCGCCACACUGUGGCUCCACACUCUGGUUUUGGCCCGUGACUGCCCCAAUGAUGAAGUGUGCGGUGAUUCUAAAGAUCGACGGCACUCAUCUGCAUGUCCAUACUGACUGUCAGUAUUAUUUCUCUUCCCCAGCAGACUCCAAGGGCAUUUAAAUUUAAAGGUACAGUGUUCUGCACUAAUAUAA